CUUGGUACUCCAGUAGGAAACCCGUCAACUACUUGUAAAUUCUAAAUCCGUUCCGAAAGUACAUCCCUUCCCCUGCACCACAAGUUAUCAAUAUUCAAUGUUAAUAUGAACCAUAUACCGUCAUCUUCAUCCUCAUCUGCCACUCCACCAAACCUAUUAGUGCAUCCUGCAAGAUCCGCUUCCAACAUCUCUUCGAAUACGCAGAGCACAUCAACACUCACUCCUGCCAUAAUUCCGCUUGACUACAAUUAUCAAACGAUGUCACCGUCUUCAUUAUCACAAUUUCGCAACGACUGCAUUACAUCUCCGGUUGCCACAAACACAAACACUAGCGCUUCCUAUAAUUUGCAUCCACAUUCGCGCCUCAGCAGUGCUCGUCCCUCCGGUACCGUUUCAGUCGAUGUUGAGCUGGAUAAUCAGUACAGCAGCCUUUUCGGAGAUCCGGUUCCACCUCCGCCACCGCCUGAUUUUCUUACUACACAGUUUGAUCCUGUAACCCUUUUUCGGCCAUCAUCGUUGGAUAUCAGUUCCGGUUCUGAUGAAGAUGCUACUGCGCGCCUCGUAUCUUUGGAAACUGAUCGACCUGCAAACACACGACUAUUUUCCAAUGUGCCUUUAAGCUCGCUUUUUAGUAGACGCAGUUCCGACACGUUACCUCAGCGAAAUUUCGCUGUACUGCCCACGCCACUGCCUCGUCUUCAACCCCCAGAUAUUCAAAUAUUACCUAAUUCAAGUGGUGGAUCUAGUUCUGAGGCACAUGAGUCACCGAAUUAUGCUCUGCUGACGCCAGAUAAUGUGACGCGUCGACACUCUGUGUACGACGCAACUGAUCCAACUGAUGUCACAGAAAUCAUAGAGUCAUUGGAAGUAAGGGAUGCGAAGGGCGUACGUGAAUAUUCCGAAGCAACGCGACGCGUGUCAAACUUUAGUGACGACUUUAAAUCGAAUGUUGGUGCACUAAGUAACACUCAAGAAACCGAAAUAGUAGACUUACCUUCCACUGCAAAUCACUCAUUUCCUCAUCAAUUUUCUAAUGAAUAUUAUGCGAGUAGCGAGUGGUUUCGACCAGCUGCACAAGACUAUCCCGAAUUCAGUAAAAUACCAAGACUGCGCCCCAGUUCAAAGAAUAUUAUGUCGAUUAAAAGGGAAGAGAUGCCAAUGCACCAUUCUCCGGUGGCUGCAAUGAUAAAUGACUCCAAUGGCUCCAGCAGUGGAGAGGAACGACUUGUGGACAAAGCAGAAGCAUUUGAGCAUGAAAAUGUUGCCCUGGAUAUUUUGCAACCACCAGAAAGGCCACCCGAUCCAUCUCCAUCCCUUCUACGUGAAAUCGAAACUAAUUUAUUGCUUUCACCCCAAGGGUAUUUGCCUCAACAGACCGGAAGAUCCAUAGACAGUUUGAAUCAACAGAAUUUUCCCACACCCCCGCCACCGGCCGCACCACCACCUCCACAUUUUUUUACUCCCUCACCAGGAGAAAAUGAAGGCUCUAUCAGACGUGAAAUGUCACCUGUUAUAUUGACAGACUCAAUAGCAACUGGCGGAGAUUUCAGAGUUGACCAACCUCGCCUUCAUAAAAAGACCUCAUUCACAAUUAUUUCUGACAAAUCACCACAGUCGUCACGAACUCAGAGUCCUUCACCGUUCAACCAGCGUUCGCCCUCAAAAAUCUCAGGACUAUCCAAUAGUUCGACCAUAAAACCUGUCGCUAUACCACGGCAGUACUUACAACAAAAAUCCUUAUCAAGUAUACAACUCAAGUUGCCACAGUUGCCCCAACAAAAAUUUCAAGGUCCCGCCGACGAUUCUCCUCGCCCCUCAGUCCAGUUUAAUAUGACCGGCCGGCAUACUCCAAACAUGAUGACUCAACGAGGCAUAUUGCAGAAUCGCGAGUCAUUGUCAUCAUCACAAGAUAUAACCCCAAUGUCGCCUUCAGCGGCGCUAACUUCAGCGUCAAAAUUACGACGCCCUGCAGCACUGCCAUCGUUUGCCAAGCCAGCAAAUGAAUCAAAAAUGAAAAGUUGUGAAGCUUUACCUUUAAUUACCUGUCCUUACCGUACUGCAAUACCGCGUCUUAAUCGCUCCAUAACGGAUUUACAUCGAGAACCAGCUGUAUUUCCGCCAGGUGCCUUGCCUCGCCCACUUAAGCCCAACCCUAAUCCAACCCGAAAACAAAAAGGUUUGCUACGAAUACUCAAUGGUGACACUUCUCAUAUACCCUUGCGUUCGAUAUGGGCUAGCAUGGAUGACCUUGCCCUAGGGAGGCAAUUAAAAACACCUCUUUCGACACCUAUUAGAGAGCUCCAAGCUCGUCGUCGAUCUAGUUCAACGUCGCCUGAGCGUCGUAGCUCAACACAAACAGCCUCGGAUCGGCGUAGUUCAAAUUUAAGCUCUAUUACAACAUCCGAUUUUAGCUUCCGUCGUUCAUCGAUAGCAGCUCAACAACAACGCAGAAAAACUGUAUGUCCACUUCCUAGCCCUAAAAUGAAACCCCGCCUAUCUUUAAUACCGGGAAUGAGUUUGACUGGUGGUCGCACAUCACGAGCAAAAAUUGCUAAACCUUCUACACUUUCUCCAAUCAUAGGCACGCCGAAUAAAGACAGUAGUACACCACAAAGUCCUGAGCAAAAUGGCCUUGGCUCACUCGCACCCUCUGAAACGAUUUCUGAUGUGACUUCUCAACGUGACUCAUUUUCAAAGAUACCCGUCCGUCCACACCACUCUCGCCCAAGUUCCCGAUCGUCAUCCCCGUUGAAAGAAUUCACUGCCCAACUGCCUUUAGCUGAUCCAAAUUCACGAGGUACAUCUAGUCGUACUGCUUCUCGUGCGACGGCAAAAACCGAGGCGUCACAGUCGACUUCACGUGCCAAUUCCAGACCAGUAUCACGUUCUACUUCACGGGCCUCUACGCAUCCAAUGUCACGAGCCGCUUCCCGUAGCAGCACGCGUCCGAAUUCGAGGGUGGAAAUGGCAAAAGAUAUUGCAAACUCCCGCUCCAGCUCGAAAAUGAGCAUGCGAUCGGUAAAUUCACUUGCUAGAAAUUCUUCUCCAGCUCCUGGAAAAAGAAGUGCUGAACAUUCACCGUUACCAAUACGGCGUCGAAAAUCAAUUUCUGUCAGUCCAGUCCUAAACCAAAGAUCGCGAACUCGUCGACAAUCGCUCAGUCCGCCCAACAAAAAGCGAUCGGGAAGUCGUGGACGUGAGAAGAAAAUGCGGGAGCGAUCUGAGUCACGGCAUAGUUCGCAAUCCCACAUACCUUUAAGGGCUGGUAGUGUAACAAAACCAACACGAUCUUCAUCAAAACCAGGUGUAGUCAAACAAUCCAAAUCUCGCUCACCUGCGAAAUCAAAGGAAACUAAGAGUAUGCGUGUGGCAUCACCCACGCGAAUUUCACCAAAUCAGCGAACGAAAACAAUAAGUGCCAAAAAAGCGCAAACAUCGGUGCAUAAACCCACGUCGAGUGCCAAGCGCACGCCGUCAUCAGUGAGCAAACAGACAACAUCUGUGAAAAAACAGCCGAGUGAUUUGCAGAAGACCGCCGGUACGAGCCUCAGACGAGAGGUUUCUAAUCUACAAAAGAAGGAUGCAACGAUGAUUGGUGUUGGUAAAACCGAACUCCGCGAAAGUACAAUCGCAGCAACAAGAAUAAAAAGGGCAGGCGCUAGUGGUUCUGCAGCCACAGUAGCUCUGGCAGCAAGUGGGAUCAAACGCCAAACUACCUCCAAAACUUUGGGAAAAGCAACAACUAAAAGGCAAGUGGCUGUGUUGAAAGGAAAGGGAAUCGAAAGCAAAACAAACGCAGAAGUGGGAAAAGAAACCGGUAAUGCGAAAAAAGAUGAUGCGAUGACGAAACUGGAAGAAGAGAAGUCUGCUAAUGGUAAAGAUACCGAAAGCAACUUGACAGGUAGCAGCCCUAUUGGAAUGGAGGCAGCGAAAGCAGGUGCAAUACCGGCGAGCGUGGCAGCUGGCGUUGCUGCCUCAACAACUAUUCGGGGGUCUGCAAACAUAAGCUCGGGUAGUACAGGAGGUAGCGGUUCCACUUCAACCAUGAAACGGCAACCAUCUAACGUGGGGCUCGUGCGCAUGGCCUCUAGAAUGAGCCUUCUCAGCAUGAAACGCUCCGAUAGUAAUCUCAGCAAGAAAACGACAGUGCCAUCGGUCGCAGAGGAAACUAUUACAACGUCAAAGGCAAACGGAAACCCAGCUACAUUACAGAAGAGUAAUAGUCGUACACAACUGAGAACACCUGAAAAUGCUUCUACUCUACCAGCAGCUAUAUUAGAGAAGUCUCAAAAGACUCUGGAGAAUAUACAAAAGACUGUAACUGUGGCAACAGAUGAAAUCCAGAAAACUAUUCAUGAAAAUCUCACCGAUUUAAAAAGUUUCGAGAGCGACAUGGGUCGUCAGUGGUCGGAUAGUGCAGGCUCGCCCACGUCAAGUAUAGCUACGGUGGUGGAGAAUAAAGCGGCUGGCAAAGCUGGUGGUGUUGGUGGUGUAGGUGGAGGAGGUAGUGGUGGCGGUGUUGGAGAAUCAAUCUCUCGCUCAGGCACAGCUGAAGGAUCAACUACAACAGCGGGUGCUGCCAAAGUAUCGCAAAAAAAUGGUAGUAGCUCAGUUACGCCUGCUGCAGCUACACAAAAAUCUCCUCUACCUCCAACACAGCCCAUCGAGGCUGAUGUAUCUGUGUUGAACGCAACUGCGCAUACCACUCAGCACUCCACUGUUGCCGCUGCGGCGGCUGCAGCUGCUACAACCGGUGCAAUGACAAUGCCACUUGCGGGCGCUGUGGAUGCCACCGUCGAACGGGUUAGUGAACGUGCUAUAUCAGUUAUGCCAGAAGUUGACUGUGACGAUGCAAAUUUCCAGAAUUUCGCGUACGAUGGAGAUGGUGCGACGGACAAGACGGCUGAUGGGGCGUUUAGUACAAUGCUGAUGAGUGGCGAAGCACAUGCGAACGUCACCGGGGCAAGUGGAAAUAGCCGAAAGGGAGUAGGCAAUGGAGAAGGAGGCGAGGGUGAUGGUCAUGGUGAUGGUGACCAUGAUAUCAAACGGCGUUCACCAGAUGGACAAGGUGGCUCGGCUGCGGACAGUGGAAACGGCAGCCGUGAGUUACUCAAGGAGCAGGACGACGAUUCAGCCCCACCCACAGGCUGCUGCCGUUGCUGCACGAAAUUCUGUCUGCCAUGCCGCCGUUUACGCUGCUUACGCUGUUGUUGUCGCAAAAAGAGCAAGACGGGCGAUGAGAGCGAAGAGCCUGUGCUAUUGGCGACCAGCAGCGCCUCCACUACCAAUCUAGAAGUCGUCGAUGAAGCGCGACACUCCACGUACGGUAAAACCAAAACGAGUUGUUGGCAAAAAUUUAACUGUUGCAAACGUUGUCGCAAGCAGCCGAAGAUAAGCGCCGGCUCCACUGAUGAACACGCAAAAAUGACGGUAAUGACCAAGUCGGAGACAGCCGCAGCUGCAGGCGCCGCCACCAGCGCACCCAAACAGGGUAAAUGCGGACUCUGCAUAAGCAAGUUAUUCUGCUGCCGGCGUGUCAACAAAGUGGAUCCCACAACUGGCGAUGAAACAGAGUUGAAGAAAUGUUGCUUCUGUAUACCUUGCCGACGUAAGAAGACCGGACGCGGUGCCGCAAUUGGUUCCACUGUGUCACCGGCUGGCUCCGUAGCUUGGCAAGACCCAGAAAGUGGUAUUGCGGCUACUGAUGCCUCGGUGUUGGAGGGCACUACUUCAGCAGAAAUGCAGCCAAAACAGGGUUGUUGCAAACGUUUUUGGAGCACACUUUUGUGUUGUGGACGCAAUAAAAUGCCGAAAUUCAGCGAAAGUCGACGAGCGAGCAUGAAAGCGCCACCACCACCAAGUGAGGACACACGCCGAAAACUGCAUGCCGACCUAGUGGAAUAUAACUCGAAAAUGAAGGGCGCUAUUCCGGUUCUGCCGCUCUCGUUGGCCUGGUUUUGUGUAAUCUGCAAUACCAUAUUUCCCGGAUUGGGUACUUUGUUCUCAGGCAUUUUCUGCCUCUGUGUCGGCAUUCCACGCUUCUCGCAGUACGACAGUGCCAAGGCGCGUUUCGGUUCCUUCAUCAUCAACGUCAUAGUGGCCACAGCGCAAUUAUUUUGUGUGCUCUUCUGUUUUGUUGGCUGGGGCUGGUCCAUCUGGUGGGGCACCAUUAUGUUGAAAUGUGCAAGAAAACUGCAUAAAAUCAAGAAAGUUGAACGCUUGGAAAUGGAGGAGGAGCGUCGUCAAGCAGAGGCGGCGGCAGUAGCUGCAGUAACUACGACCAGAGUGCCCGCCAACUCCGGCCCCAAUGCUGCGUCGGCGCCAAUCACGACGGAAAGCUCGGCUUAAAAACGCAGAAGAUUAUUAGAGUAAACGAAAUGUAGUACGGAAUGAUCAUGAGAACACGGGCGAUUUAUAUUAUAUUAGAGUUUUGGUAAACACUAAAAACUUCCAAGAAACUUCCAAUUUGGUAAUAAAUGACCAUAUAAAAAAUCUUCCCUGAAACAACUUCCGUUAAUGAAAUGGUGUUAAAAUUUUCGAAAUACAGUAAAAGUAGAGAUGAAGCAUAAAACUGUUCUUGUCAGUUGCACGUUUGAGUCGUUGAGAGCCAAUUUGAGUAUCAGCAAAAUAGACUAUAAUAUUUAUUGAAAAAUAGUGCCUUAAUUCUAACAUUAA